AUGUGGAAGGCAGCCUUCACCGGCCGGAGUGAGUCUGGCGGUGGCAGUGGCAGUACAUCCGGGCGGCCGAACAAGGACGAACUCCGGCGCAAGAAGAGCAGCCAUAGCCAUCGCACAGAAUCCGUGAUCUCAUCGACUUCAAGACGAGAUGAGGAUAAAGACAGGGAGCGCAGACGCAGGGAGAAGUCGGGUAGCUUGUAUGACAAUGCGUCUUCGUCUUCGAGAUAUGAAAAUGGCUCUUCGUACAUCUCUGGCGGAGGCUCGCAGUACGCGACAGCACCUAGCUCUCGUGUAGGCGAACCGCGUCCGCUCACGGAGAGUGCUCUGCGCAUGCUGCCAGAUGAUGAGGAGGAAUGGGAAGAUGAGGAGAAAGAUGCGCGCAGUGAGAAGAGAAGCAGACGGAGAGAGAGCGGGGACGAGAAGAGGAGAAAGAGUACGCGCAGUGAGAAGGACAGAUCUCGCAGCCGAUCUAGAGAGCGCAAAGACAAGAAGAGAGAAAGCAAGUCUGAGAAGUCUCGUGACAAGGAUCGAGACCGCUCCCGACGUGAUCCUGAACUGGUGUCUGAGAAUUCGAGGGCCAUUCCGGAGAUGGGCUCCUUCCAGCAAUUUCCUGGCCAAUUUGGGCCUUCGAACCCUCACGACGCGGUCAUGUCUGGCGCGUUACCCACUCCAGCGCCUAAUCAACAAUUUCUAGGCCAGGAAGCGUAUGCCGCGCAACCGAUGCCUCCUCAGCCAAACCGCGCGGAUAGUUGGGGAGCUGCGGCGGAGUAUUAUCUGGAUGAAGGACAAUCGGUGCAUGAUCAGCCAGGCUUCCGGGUCAAGAGUCCCAAUAUGCUUGUGAACCCAGACCUUGACCAUUUGAUGACCGCAUCUGCCGAAGCCAAUCCUGUAGCGGACACUGGAAAUGGCUCAGCCGCUGACUUCUUCUCUGGCAAAGUGAGUCCAGUGCCAUAUGAGACGCCGCAGAAACCUACGAAGCCAGGCAAGCCGUCAUCUUCAGGCAAGCCGUCGUCUUCGAGCAAGCCUUCAAAGCCCUCGCGAACUUCAUCAGCGGGUGCUGCCGCGGCUGCCUUGGCUGCGGCAGGUAUUGGAGCGAUGAGCAGCUCUUCGAAUCACAAGCACUCUUCUUCGUCGCAACAGCAAACGUCGACGUCAUCUUCAUUGAAGCCGAUUUCACGACCACCGCGACACAGCUCCGACGGCGGCGUCUACUACGCGACACCAUCUUCGAACGGAACCUAUCCACCUACCCUACCAUCGACCAACGGCUGCGGACCCGGCGCUCCAUCGCAGACAGGUACUCCAGGUAAGCGUCCUACUAACAAUUCUAACGUUCCACUUUACGCAGGUGCAGCGGCUGCUGCAGGAGCCGCUGGGUACGCCGCCUACGAACACAAUCAACAUUCUCAAUACAACGGCCAGCAAAGUACAAGCUACAACAUGGCAGCCGCAGGGGGCUAUGGCGCGGGUGGCCAGGGACCGCCAAGAUCUCCACAACCAGGCCCUGGAGGAUAUGGCUACUAUCCGCCAAAUGGAUCGAACGGUGGCAUGGCCCAAAUGCCCUACCACGAACACAAGGGGCCAAUGGCGCGGCUCAAAGACGGCCUGCUGAACCUCAUUUCUACACCCGAAGACACAGCCAAGAUGGAGAUGUACACCGAGUACAUUGGCGUGUGCAAGCAUUGCUUUGACCCUAGGACAAGCGCAUGGGACGCACCGCGAGUGCAUCACUACCACAAACGAAGUGAUUCGUUCGAGGACCUCCGAAGACGUCGAUCCUACGACAAGAUGCGUCGUCGCGGAAGUGAUGAAUCGCUACGACGUCAAGGUUUGACGAGAGUCGACAAAGAGAAUCGCUACUACGCUUCAGAUUCGAGCAGGAAGAAGCGGGAGAGCGGCGGUGCUGGUAUUCUUGGCGCUGGACUGGCUGCUGCAGGUGCUGCAGGAGUGGCCAACGCUAUGUUCAGCGAUCGCAAGGAUUUUGAUGACACUUACAGUGUCAAGUCUGGCCAUCGCGAGAGCUCUGCCGUGAGACGACGAAGUCGAAGUUCUUCCCGUGAGAGGCGGCGCCGAUCGAGCUAUGGCGUUGCUCGGCCUGAAAAGGACGAGUAUGUCACUGUUCGCAAGAAGGACGGCACUGUCGAGCGUCGCAAGGUUACACGAAAGUCUCGUUCAAGCUCGCAAGAUCGCAAGUCCUCUGGAUUGUUCGGCGCAGCUGCUGCUGGAGCUGCACUGGGCGCCGCAGGCAUGGCUGCCAACUCAAGACGUCACUCGAGAAGCCGCAGUCCCAGUGUUCUUGGAGGCUCCGAUUCCAGGUCCAGACGAAGGGAGCGACGGUCACCAGGAAGAGGCUCUUAUUACGACAACAACCGCCGUGAUGACCGACCCCAGGAGUCCGAAGGUUUCUUUGGAGGCUUCUUUUCACCGCCUCAGAACAAGCGACGAAAUUCUCGAGAACAUCAGAAAAAGCGCCGCGGAUUCUUCACCUUCAGCAACAGCUCAGAGUCUUCGCAUGAUGAUCUUGCAUUUGGCGAAGGUUUCUCCAGCAGGACGAGUCUUCCACUUCGUAGAAAGUCGUCCACUCUGUCGAAUCGAACCGGCCGAGCUGGGCGUCGUGUCCCGAAGAAGAAGUCCGACGAGCACCUGGCUGCCACCGUCGCCGGAAUUGGCGCAACUGCGGCUGCUUUGGCCGCUGCACAGAAGGGUCAUAGAAUCAACAAGCGCACCAGCAGGCCAGAGCUUGGCAAGAGACGAGAGCCUCGUUACGACACGCACGAUUCUACAAAUGACGAGUGGGAGGACGAGUUGCCAUCCGAUGUCGAUGAUGAAUCUAGCGUUGACGGCGGUAUGGCUUUCGGCGACUACGGUGGUAAGCGCCUCUCCAGUCGACAAAGCAUGGAGAGCGUGGGCUCCCAAUCCUCAGCAGGUGGUCCUCUAAGUGCCUGGGGAUGGCGAUGGGGCAACAAGGAACAGAAGAAGCGCGGCCGGCGAACAUCUUCUCCUCGUCCAACAUAUCCAACAGGCGCAGGGGGCUCGUUCGUUGCACCAGGUCUGAGCAACGCAGGAUCUGUGUCUGGAGCGUCCUUCGAUCCCAGCAGGCCGAUUCACAAGCCUGUGUACCUAGACGACACUGGAAGACCGCUCCCAAGCAUCAGCAGCGAAUCUACAGUCACCAGCGGGCAGCAAGGUUCAAUGCAAUAUAUGGAUCCUGCGCCAAUGUCCGAUGCUGGCAGUAGAGCGGGCUCUCGGCAUCCUUCUAUGCCAGGUGCAUUCGACUAUGACCCGCCUGUCAUCAGCCCUGGCCCUGGACCAAUUCAGCAGCCACAGCCAAUUACGCCUAUCCCGCCUUCGUUCACUCAGAGUCCGCCAGAAAUGAACUCUCGGCCCUCUCAACCGCGCCGUGCUAACUCGAGUCCAACACGCGGUCAUUUCGCCCAGGACGCAGCACUGAUUGGAGCUGCGGCACUUGGUACUGCUGGCAUAAUCGCUGGUUCUUCGCUGGUUUCAGGAAAGCGAUCACGAGAGCCUUCAAACGUCCGCUUUGGCUUGACCGAGGAGCAGCAGCGCAGAGAAGAUCGUGAUCAGAGAAGUCAACAGAAGACUGCCGACGAAGAGCGCCGCAAAGCCGAUCGUACUAGGGCACUCAAAGCAGAGGCAGACCGCGCGGCGAAAGAGUCAAAACAAGAGGAGAUCAGACAAGCCAGAGAAGACGAGAACCGCCGGCGCGCUGAAGAGAAACUCAGAGAGCAGAGGGACGCCGAAGAGCGAGCUGAGCGCCAGAGACAGAAGGAGCAUGCACGUGUAGAGCGCGAGCGGCUUGAGAGAGAAGCCAGAGAUCGACAAGAAGCGGCCACUGCAGCAGCCGCUGAAGUUGAGAGGCUCAGGCUCGAGAGAGAAGAAGCCCAGCGACAGGCUGAGCAACGUGAGCGAGAACGUAGGGACCGCGAUGAAGCGUACGCUCGAGACCAACGCCGCCAAGCCGAUGAGCGGGAACGUUACACUCGGGAACAAGAAGCCAAAGACCGGUAUGAACGUGAGCGUCGAGAUCAAGAAGCCAGUGACCGCAACGAACGCGAGCGCCGCGAUCACGACGAGAGACAAUCUUCAGCCUCGAAAUGGGCUCCAGCUGCGGUGGGAGCCGCUGCAGCCGCGACUGUCGGUGCAGCGAUUGCCAGCGAGAAGGGCCGGGAUCGCAAGCGCCGCGACGACUCGUACUAUGAUGAGGCUCAUUCAGAUCGUCGACAGGAUCGCGAAUAUGGCACUGCAGAAGUCAAGCCCAAGUACGAACACGAGGGAGAGCCCAUCAUGGACGACGACAUAUUUGACCCUGAGUUAUUCAAGCGCAAUCAACGCGACUCGUCCAGUCGAGAAGAGCUCGAGAAUGAUCCACGUUACGUCGAGUUUGCUCGCCGCGCUGCCGAUAAGAUCACGGCGGAUCGUGCGAAUGCCUACUCUCCUGUAGGCAAAGACAAGUACACCACGUACGCCGAUUUCUUCAUGCCGGAGGAGCUGCUCAACAAGACCGCCGAGCCAGGUAACAAGGUGCGAGACGUUAGCCCUCACGCCGACAACGAGAUUGCGAUAUGGCAUGCCCGUGACGAGGACAUUCGCGGCCACUUUCCACAGCACCCCAGUGAUUACGGCUAUGGCAAGAGCAAGCAUGCGCCUUAUGGAGUGCCAGCGCUCAAGGUCAUUUCCCCAACUCCACCUCUCGAAAGCCAGUCGCCUACGAGUGCGAGAAGCAGCAAAGGCUCCAAACCAUCGUCGCCGCUCGCAAAAGCGCAAGACGCGGACGAGGAAGAGGUGCCAGCAGAGCCGACCAGAUCGCAGGGUUCUGGAAAGUCUGAGCGUUCCCGGAGCAUCUCCUGGGGCGUAGACAAGACCCAUUUCUACGAUGUCGACACACCCACUCCAGAGUCUAAUUUGGACCGAGAGUCAUACAUCACCAGUCCUGACAUGCGAGGGCAGAAAGAACGUGUCGCUGCUGGUGUCGCUGGCGCUGCGGCUGCGGGUGCUGCAUUGCACGACAUCAUCGUCGAGGGGCCGUCAGGCGAAAGCCACAGGUACUCUGAGGAAGAGUGGCUACGUGACGAGAAGAAAGAGAAGUCUUCGCGUGGCCGCCAGAACUUCGAUGAUGAUAACGAUGUAGAAGACAUUACGCCAUCUCCAGAACCCGAGCCUGAACGUCAGGGCUUCUACCGCCAGCCGUUCUUCGACUCGGUGUCUGAUAUGGGUACGGGCAUCUUCAACGUCGACUCGCCAGGCACGGAAGGAGCGCCUCCUGUCCGUGGCUUUGUGGAAGAAGUGGAACUUGACGAGACUCCUGCGAAUGAGAAGGCACCCCACAUCCCUGGUGGAUUUGAUGAUGACGAGGAUCCAGUCUCUGCAGAGGUGAAAAAGGAACAGGCUGCACAAGCUUCUGCUGGAGCAUCAAAGGACGCGGCCGAACCUGCAUGGGAGCCCCCAUUGAGCAAGAAAGAGAAGAAGAAGCGCGAGAAAGCCGCCAAGCGUACAGAGAGCAUUACAGAGAGCGAUCCACCAACGCCUGUGACCGAGACUCCGGCAUCGAACGGAGAUCCAAAAGAUAUUUCUGCCGGCAACGAAGACUCCUUUCCCCCUCUUAGCAAGAAAGACAAGAAGAAGCGGGAGAAAGAGGCCAAGAAGCAGAGCGUGGGCUUUGCUGAUCUCGUGGGCCAAGUACAAGGAGAAAAGGCGCAGCCAGAAGAGGCUCCCCGUGAAGAGACGAGUGUUGACGACUGGGAACCUCCCCUCAGCAAGAAGGAGCAGAAGAAACGUGACAAGGAGGCCAAGAAGCAAGGCGUGGGCUUUGCUGAUCUUGUCUCUCAGAUUCAAUCUGAGGUGACUCAGCCUGAAGAGCCCCAUCGAGAGGAGCAGCAGAGCGUUGACGAUUGGGAGCCUGCCCUCAGCAAGAAGGAGCAGAAGAAGCGUGAUAAGGAGACCAAGCAGUCAGGCUUCGCGGAUAUCGCAGAUGAGAUUCUUGCUGCUGGUGGCAUCGCCGCGGCCGCUGCUGCUGCUACCGGAGUGGCUUCAGCUGCCACGGACAGCACCGAAGAGUCCACUGGUGGAUCAGGUUCUUCAAAGAAAAGGAAGAAGGGCAAGAAAGCGAAGCUUGGAGAGCCACUGGAGCGUGACCCCAGAGAUCUGGAGCUCACAAACGAUGUGCCGCCUGCAGUUCCCGAAGUCCCUUCGUUUACAGAGGAACCGAGCAGUAUGCCUGGUGCUUGGGACGACGAGCGUCGCGACUCAACAGACCAGAGUCCAGUCGAAACCUCUGUGGAUCCCUUCCAAUAUCAAGUCCGAGACCCUGAGACUAUUGCUCAGGAGCGACCUGAUGCAAAGGAAGUGGACUCCUGGGCAGAGUGGAACGAACCAUCUACCACUAGUUCCAAGAAGUCGAGGAAGGACAAGAAGAAGGCAAAGCGAGGCAGCGCAGCGUUUGACACUUUCCCAGAGGUCAGCUCACCUCUCAGAGCCGAGGUGCCGCAAGACGACUUCUUUGGCAGAGCUGAGCCCACUGAAGCAACCAAGGAGACUGUCUUGAAUGGUGCUGCAGCUCAUGUCAAUGGCACUGCAAGAGACAAGGACGAGUCUGCCUCACAUCAAGGCGAGCAGCCAUCUGACGACCGCUCUGGACGACCAGACGAGUUCUUUGACGACAGCAAGCGCGUCAGCGAGAGUCCUAGACGGGUCUCUCCAGACGAUGUACGCUCUGUCACAUCGGCGUCAGAGACUGGAGAGCGACGCAGAUCGCAACACCGCGAAUCCCGACGAGGUAGUGACUACGCCGACGAGCCUUCUUACGCCUACGAAACGCAAAGCAUUGCAGCAUCGGAACCUGCAGAUCCUUAUGACCGCGAGAAGAAGUCUUCCAAGCGUCGAUCAAGACACGCCGAGGACUUUGACGACACAGCAUCCGUGACUUCUAGCAGGUCAAGACGUGACAAGGAAGAGUCGCCAUCAUCGAGCAAGAAGGAAUCGAAGGGUGGCCUCUUCGGCCUCUUCAGUCGCAAGUCUGUUGAUGAGAAGUCCAGCAAAGACGGUAGUUCGCUAAGCCGCAAGUCAACCCGUGACGAGGAGGACGAGAAGAAUCGUCGACGCAAGCAUCGGUCGACAUCUGAGUACGGAGAUGAUGACGACGAUACCAGAAGUGUCAAGUCAGAGUCGCGACGCAAGCACCGUUCUCACUCUGAACAGGGAGACGAAGAUAGCAGAGAGCGACGCAAACACAGCUCGCGAACGGAGUCUUACGACGACUAUGAUCGUGACCGCAGCUCUCCGGCCCGCAGUGAGCCAUCAUCCGGCCACCGACAUCACCAUCGCAGACGAACGGACGAUGACGACGGUGAGAGCCUGUCCAGAAAAGACAGUCGAGAAUCACGGGGUGCCGUGAGCGAGAGCGGGCAUCGGCACCAUCGACGCCGCAGAACGGACGAGGACUACGAUUCAAAGGACCAGUCUUUUUUAGGGAAUCGGGUAGAGGAUCUGCCGCCUCUACCCGCUAGUCCUGACGAUGCAGAUUCAGCUGCUGUACUGGAACCACCAGCGCAGCGAGAGCAGGGAGAAGGCAGCCCUGUCUCUGCUGAGUCUGCUCUUCAGGCACCGGUGAACGUCGGAAAGGUCGACUUAGCAACGGAGGGCACGAGGUCGGCCGAAACAAGCGAGCCAUUGCUCCAGACGCCUGGUCAGAUCGCUUCGUCUGUGGAGACUCCACAACGACCUGGUUCUGUGGGCCGGCCUGUCUCAUCGACAGCUGUACCGCUUCGCUUUCCCUUCGGACACGCUCCACCGCAGACACCUGCCAGCCUCAAGGAGCGUGCUCAUAGCUUCAGUUCGCCCCUUGCCACGCCAGGUACAGCUGGUGCAUCGCCAGUGUCGCCAGCUUCCACGAGCAAGCAAUCGCGACAGGGCCGUCCGCAUUCUACGGAGAUCAGGCCUCUGUAUCUUGUGGAACGAAACCGUCAAACUCCAGAAGUUGACGAAGCGCUUCCAAGCCUGCCUUCCAGCAAGCCAAGCAGUCGCGCAAGCAGCAUACACGGAAGCGACGAGAACUACCAAAGUGCUGCCGAAGACUGGGAUGGCGCGGAGUCUCCCUCUCGACGUCGAGCUCUUACAGUCGACAUUGGAGAAGCUCAGAGAUGGAAAGACGAAGGCGAUGUGUUGGGCUCACAGCAAACGACGCCAAAAGCAAGUGAAUUUCCCCAGCUUCCGACUGAGAGGCAGCACGGGAAGCAAGAGCCACAGUUCUACACCUGGGAAGACCUGGCCCGUGAAGAGCAACCAAAACAGCAGCCACAGUUCUACACAUGGGACGAUUUCGCAGAGGACGAGAAGAUGCACGAGGUGGAGAGUCAUCCUCAAGUCGAUCCUGAAGCGGCGUACAGGGCACGCAUUGCUCAGCAUGAGGAGCUUCCGCCACUUCCAAGGAGUCGAUCUGUCUCGCCUGCCAAGAAGGAAGAUCAUGGCCACGGAUCUAGCUUCAAGAGUGUUGCAGCGGCCGCGAUGCUUGGGACUGCUGCUGUGUACGCUGGCCACAAGCUCGCUGAACGGUCGCCUGAACGUGCUUCGAGCACUGAGCGCAAGGACCGUCGAGGUUCGUCUGAGCCUGUGGAGAAGAAGGGCGCCCGCGAUUAUCCAUUGCCUGCUCCUAUUGAGGAAUCACCUGUUGCUGGAGGCGAGAAAGAUUCGUCGAAACCUGAGCUCUCUCGCAAAGGUUCUUCCAAGAAGAAGAAAGGGAAGAAGGGCAAGAGGGCUCAACGGGUGGAUGACGAGCCCGAGACUCCUGCUACUCCCCUGUCUGAAGCAGAGGCUACAGCGACAGAGCAGCCGUUGGAAAGACAAGACACCGAUAGCUUCUUUGAUGCGGAAGCGCGUGCAGAGUCGGGCGAAAUGGGACCAGAGCCCAUCUCAGAGGUCAUUGCCAGUGCUCCUGCCAUCCAACGUACUGAUACAGACACUUUCUGGAGGGAAGAGAGCGAAGCCGAAGAGGGUGUGUCCCAUCCACAUUUGCAGGAUCCUGAGGUGGUCGCUGUGCCGCCAAAGGAGAAUGCAUUGGAUCGCUUCCUGCACGAUGAACAGGACAUGGAGGAUGGUGCUGUCUUCGCUUCAGCUGCUGCACAUUCGAUGCCAGCGUACGCGCCUCCCACCUUUUCCGACGAACGCUCCAGCCAGUAUAACCGACAAUCCGUGGACGGUGGCGUGUUCUCUUCAUCUGCGUCUCACACGAUACCAGUUCUGCCAACACCUGGCGAAGAAUCCACAGUGCGCUUCUUGGAAGAAGAGUCACGAAUGGAGGACGGCGCCGAGCCUCAUGCUCCUGUCUUGCAACCAAGCGUUGAAUCCAGUCGAGCACAAGAAGAAGAGCGCCCAGCAACCUCGUAUAAGAUCCCUCAAGCCAAGGCCGAGCCAGCACCUCUCGUCAUGGAGCCGCGCAAUGUCGGGGUCGAUCACGAGCAGUCGACUGAGAUUGCAUCCGCGCCGAGACUCACGAGGAAGCAAAGCAGGAAGGCCAAGAAGAAGCAGAAGGCGACUGCGUUGUUCACUGGUGAACCUGGUCAAGAGGAUGAGAAGUCGUCGGUGCCUGAAGCUGUGCCUGAAGCCUCUGCUGCUGAAGAACAAGCUGAAGCAGGAGGAGAAGUCAAAGAGACUCGGCUUUCGAAUGAGCUUGAAGACAUUGACACGCCCUCUGCCGCUAUUGCAACCGCUUCGCCUUGGGACUUUGGAGCCUCUGAUUUUGGCCAUGUCGCGCAUGGAACCAGCUCUUCUUGGCAUGAUGCCCAGUCGCAAGCCUUCGCUGAAUCCAUGGUCCAACCCAAGCGCGCGCAAAACGACACUUCUCGUGACAUGCCACAAGAAGCCACUAUCGAAGAGCCGCCGAUGGACUUUAGAGGCGAGCAAGAGUCGUCUUUCGAGCCUGCUUUCUCCAAGAAGAAAGCUAAGAAAGACAAAAAGAAAAAUCCCCCUACUUGGUCUGAAGAAGGCGGCGAAGAGGAUUCCUCCGCCCAACCUCUGGAAGACGACAACGCACCGGGUGAAUCGCACGACGGUCUGUUGGCGGGCGCUGCGAUUGGCGCUGCGGCUGCAGCAGCAGCACCUACUGUUUUUGAGGCCCUAGACUCCAAGUCCAAGAAGAAGGCCAAGAAGGACAAGAAGAAGAAGCCUCCGACUUGGUCUGAGCCAGAUCCCGAGCUAGAGUCGACUCCUGAGCAGCGGCCGUUCGAUGCAACUCAAAGAGAGGCCCGUGAAGCAAACGAUGUCGAGAAUACUGCAAAGCCCACAACAGAGAUCGAGCCGGAGCAAUUUCAUGAAGCCCUUGCUGAACCUCAAGAAGACAAGAAAGAUGAGACCAUGCCUGAGGGAGCAGCGACUGUACCAGAAUCACUCAAAGCUCCUGCUAGGUCUGAAGCUGAAGUCUCACGCGAAGCCGAGACCACUGCCGAUCCUAGCGCUGCAGACGACUUUGCCCCCAUACUCUCUCGGAAGCAGAGCAAGAAAGACAAGAAGAACAAGAAGAGAGCAUCAAUUUGGUCUGAGCCUGCUGAAGAGUCCGAGCCUACUCAGGAAUCCGGCCAGGCUUCUCGGCAUGCUUCGGUCGACAGUCCCUCCUUGGCCACUCGAGAUAAUGUCCUUGAGGAGACGCAGGAAUCUACUCGGCUUGAUAGUGACGAAACAACAGCAAACGCUGAUGUUGCUGAGGACGCCCCUGUUGAUACUCCCGACACUACUGCAGCGGAAGGUUCUACUUUCGCGGAUGGCAACGACAGCUUUGCUCCAGUGUCCAGGAAGAAGAGUAAGAAGGACAAGAAGAAGGCAAAGCAAGUCGUCUACUGGAAUGAGCCAGAGGCAGAACCGCAUGCUGAGGCUUCUACUGCUGCCGCUGGGGUUCAUGAGGAGACUCCACCCGCAGACACACCUAGAUUGGAAACAGAGGGUCAGCAGUCCACGGUGCCCGCAGAAGAACGUGACAUCGAAGAGCGAACAGAGGCAGCGCGCGACAUCGUUGACACCACUCCUGCCACCGGCGAAAUUGCUUCUGUGGAUGAUUCUGCUGCUCGAUCGGCUCUCGAAGAAUUUGCUCCUGCAGUCUCUAAGAAGCAGGCCAAGAAAGACAAGAAGAAGAAGAGGCAGACGUUCGAUUUCAACGAGCCUGAUACCGAGCCUGAACCUGCGCUUGAACCUGAAUCGGACUUCGUUCCAAAGGCUGAAGAAGCCAAUGCCAUUGCUCCUGAGCUGGAGGACUUGCGGUCUACAGAAGAGUCCACAGCACAAACAUCAACCGGGCCCAGAGAUGCUGCACCCGAGCAAGAUUUCAAUGAGGAGCCCGCGGGCAUUGUCACUGCGGCUGCAGAAAUCAUUCAGCCCGAGCAGACAGAUGCAAAGUCUGCUCUUGAAGAGUUCGCGCCCGUAUCGUCCAAGAAGAGCAAGAAGGACAAGAAGAAGAAACGAAACACCUUCGACUGGACCGAGCCGGAACCGGAGCCAGAAGCCUCGCCAUCGCAGGAGUCGCGAGAUGAUUUAGCAACGGCGGAAGAGCCCGUAACGAGCAAGCAAAAUGAUCUUUCUGCUACUGAGGUGGUUGAACCCCAAGAAUCCAUGCCAUUGCAGGAAGACACUGUUUCUCAAGCACCCACGCCUGCUGCUGAGAAGACGGAAGAGGCUGCCGACGACGAUUUCAAGCCAUCCUUGUCUCGCAAGCAAAGCAAAAAAGACAAGAAGAAGAAGCGCCAACAACUUUCGUGGGAACCUGAAGCAGACACCCAACUGGAAGCUGCCCCUGCGGAGCAGCAACCUUUGCGUGAAGAGCCUGCCGCUGAGAGCCUGACGGUCGAAGAGCCAGAGAAGUCUGCCACUAUUCGGCAGCCAGAAGACGUACCCUUGCCUCAAGAAGCCGAUGACGAACUCUUGGACGAAACUAAAUCAAGCGAUUCGCCUGCUCCAGAAGCAUAUCGCGAUCUUGGCAGCACUUUCGGUGGCACGCCUGCCGGUGAGACUUACCCCAACCGCGAUGACGACUUGUCUACCGAAGCUCAGGAAGAAGUCGAGGAUCGCAAGGCGGAAGAUGUAACUCAAGAGUCUUCUCUUCCCACUGAGCAAACUAGAGAUGGGCGUCAAGAGUCAAGCGCGCCAGAGCCAGCUGAAGAGCCAGAAGAGGAGUUUGCCUGGACGACUAGUACUCAAAAGAAGUCCAAGAACGGCAAGGAAGGCAAGAAUUCUACAUCAGAGACGCCAACACCAGCAGAGCCCGCGACAUCCAAUUUUGCAACGCCCGAUGUCAGCGAGCCAACUCCAGAAAGCUGGGAUGACAUUGUUGCUCAAGAACAGGAUGUCUCACAGCCUGUUGAGAAAGACGAAAUCUCAACGCCCGGUCCAGAAGCCGGCGACGCCGAAUUCUCAUGGGCUCCGAGCUCGAAGAAGAAGGGCAAGAAAGGCAAAAAGAGCCGUCAGGUGUCGCUUGCCGAUACGACCGUGGCUGAAAGCGAACCUCCGUCAAAGCAGCAAUCUGAGGCUCGAGACGCAGCUGUCGAUUCUGAACCGCCACAUGUGCAAUCUGCUGGUGAUUUAGAAGUUGCAAAGCCUCAAACCGCAGUAUCUGGUGAAAAAGUGGCAUGGCCAGAGCCGACAAGCUCUGCUCCAGUCGAAGUCGACUUCGAACGUGGCGCUAAGCAGGCCACUGAAGGUGCCCAGAUCGAGGAAGCUACCCCGGCAGAGCAACCGGAAGAUGACUGGUGGUCGUUCUCUUCGGCCUCGCAGAAGAAGAAAAAGGGCAAGAAGAGCAAGGCGUCGUCUGGCACCGCAACUCCAGCAGAGCCAGAGGUCCAGGCCGCCGAACUGGCGCCCAAAGGUGAAGAGACGAAACCUACCGAUGCAGUCCAAGAACCAGUAGCAGCUGCUGAUAAGUCAUCUGUGGAAACACCAUUCGAACAGACCGAGCAUCUGGCAAUCGAGAGUGAAAGGAAGAAUGACAUUCCGUCAUCCGAAGAAGCUCAGGACGAGUUCUCAUGGGCGCCAAGCUCGAAGAAGAAAGGCAAGAAGGGGAAAGCAUCGACGCCGCAGACUCCUCUAGCACACAGCGCGGAUCCAUUCGAUGACUGGACGGCGCCUUCACGAUCUGUAGAGCAAGAGCAGACAGUUCUGGCUCCUGGGGAUGACUUCCAAGCGCUUUCAGGUGAUGUUGAGGUUGCUGGAGAGGACGAGUGGGCGUUACCAACGUUCUCGAAAAAGAAGAAGCAAGGCAAAAAAUCUACUUCUGGGCUGCCCACCGCGAUCGCCGAGCUGGUUGAGUCUGAAGUACCUGUGGACAUAGGCCCUACCGUGGAAGAGUCUGAAGCAGUCAGGCAUGAACCAUCGAUCGACACCAGUACGGCUGAGGUCGGCCACAAUGAGGCUGCCUCCGGUCCACGGGACGACAUUAAAAUGCCAGAUGCUUCGGCUUCAGCAGACAAGGAAGAUACUGUUGGAGAGACCGACAUGGAAGGGCCUCCGGCCGAACCAACAUUCAACGACGUUUGGGCGGAAGAAGAGAUUGCCACUACAGAAGAUCAUGAUGCCGUUCGUGACUUGAUGGAUGAUUCGAGGGACAACACUGAAUCUUCCUGGACUCCUUUGAAGAAAGGCAAGAAGAAGAAGGGCAAGAAAGGAUCCAUAGCAGAGCCAAAGCUCCCCGUUGAGCAAACAUCAGCAGCUGAGAAGAACGCUGAAUUUGAUCCAGCGCCAGUCACCGCUGAGCCACUUGCUUAUGGAGAAGACGACAAGCCCCAAGAAAGUGAAGGUCAGCGCGCUGAGGGGCCUUCGAACGACAACGCCAAUGCCGACACUAACAUCUCUGACGCUCUUCAGACGCCUGCCGAAAGCAAUGAGCCUGAGAGCAGUGCUGCAGAAUUUUGGAUGCCACAGACAAGCAAGAAGAAGGGCAAAAAGGGCAAGAAAGGCAAGCAGCUAUCUCUGUCGGAGGAGCCUUCCACACCAAUCGAUGACGUUCAAGAGGUUGAUGUGGCUCCUGCUAUUGAUGAUACUGCGGGUGCACACAGCAUAGCCAAAGACACCGACGCACAGAAGGUUGAGCAAGUCGAAAAACCUGCAGAAGACAUCCCCACUCAAGAAGAGGACGCUGUUUUGGACGACUGGCUUGCCCCAUCAAGUGGCAGCAAGAAGAAGAAAGGCAAGAAGGGAAAGCAGACAGCUUUUGAUGCUUUUGACGAACCUGCGUCUUCUUCUGCAAAGCAAAGCGGCGAAUUCAGUAUAGACAAGAACACAGAUUCUCAGUCUUCUCCACCCGACGAGACAUCUCGCGAGGCACCAGUGUCUGCCGAGAAGGAUGCUGGCGAGGCUUGGGAAGUCCCCACGACUGGCAAGAAGGGAAAGAAAAGCAAGAAAUCCAAACAAGUGUUCUCCUGGGGAGACGAGACGCCUAUCGAAGGUCCUGGGCUGGAGGCAUCGUCAGAUCCAGUGCAAGUUGAAGAGGAUCCCAUCGCGCCAGAGUCAACCUGGGAAGCGCAGGAGCACAAGGAGCAAGAAGCCUCUUUGCUUGCCGACAAGUCUGAAGUCCAGCGUGCAGGUGAAGAUAAACCAUGGUCAUAUCGAGAAGAUACCAGGGACGUGAACAUGGAUCAAACACAAGGCAAACCAAAUGCUUCCGGCGACAGUCUCAAGACAACGGACGACUGGUCACAGCAAGCGCCUAUUCCAUUGCCAGAAUCGGUCGAGCAGGUCGAAGAGCCGAUGGAGUUUGACACAGCAAAGGGCGACAAUGUCACUGCUCCCGCCGAGCCAGAGUCUUCGCAGACGCCACAGCAAGAUGAAGACUUUGGCUUUGCAGUCAAGAAGAGCAAAAAGGACAAGAAGAAGGGGAAGAAGAGUCGAUCCUCAACUACCGACCCAUGGGCGGAGACAGCUGAGUCGCCUGCGGCAGUCGAUGACCGGGAUCUUGACAAGGACAAGUCCAGUGGGUUGGAGAAGGCUGCAGUUGCUGCGACAGCUAUUGCCGCGGCGGCUGCUGUGGCAGCAGUUGCAAAGAAUGAGUCCGUGGAAGACGAGUGGCCGACCUUCACUUCCAAGAAAUCCAAGAAGGCCAAGAAGAAAGACAGGAAGAGUGGCUCGUCGACGCCAGCCUUGCAGCGAGAAGAUGAGCCCCUGGAGCCUCCAGUUGACGUUGUCGACUUUGCACCCGAGACGCCAACUCAAGAGUCCAGCGCAUUUGAGCAACAGAGAUCGUUGCCACACGAUGGUGAUACUGAUCUGCAAGUUGCUGCGAACAUUGGUUUGCCCGAAGUGGCUGUGAACGAGCAGCAUGAUCUGGAGGAGCCUGCACAACGGUCCAUGCAGCAGGCGGAAUGGGCCGGCAGUCGUGAUGAAGCCGACGUGCGAUCGGAGACCAAAGACAACGCAGCUAAUGCCAACCGAAACGAGACAUGGGACGAAGCACCCACAACCGGCUCGCCACAUCAUCCAUCACAGGACAUCGACUUCACCGCUACCGUGGCCGCCGGUCUCGCCGACAGUGGCUUCAAUCCCGACUUGGUGAUUAACGAUCCUGUUUUCCAGCGUCGUGCGUCCCCUCCCGGGGCAGUCGCUGAAGGUGACCCUGAAGAAGGCUUUGCAUCGACCACUCGAAGGCGCCGGAAGAACAAGAAAUCAUCCGACUCUUCUGCCAGCCCUGCUGAAGGACCAGCCAUCCCUGCCGAGCUUGUGACGGCUGACAAGUUGGAUGCCGAUGACUUCAACAGUGCGAUCAGCCGAAGCCUGCAAGGCACUGGGUUUGACCCUGCUCUUUUGGAGCAAGCUCUUGCUUCGAGCAAUGAGGCUUCGAAGGAUGUCACUGAGCCGGAAGAAUUCUCCUUUGCAACGACGAAGCGUAAGAAGGGGAAGAAGGGCAAAAAGGCUCAACGAGAAGAAGAGGAAGUGCCAGCUGAGAGUACUGCCGCUGCGGUCGAGGAUACUACGCAGGCCUUCAAUGUGCCUGAAGACUCGCAGUUCUCUGUAACAGGUGGUGAGCAGCAGCAAGCGAUGAUCACUCCGCCGGGGAACGAUGAGCGAGCAGAGGUUGAAAUGCCAGAACGUGGCGCCGACAGCCGAGCGGUUGACAUUCUGACUGUUGGUCGCGACGAAAUGGACAUGGAUGAAAUGGAAAGGGCCUACAAAGCUUACAAGAAGAACAAGCGCAAACAGAAGAAGCUAAAGGCCGCUUCCAGAACAGCAGGAGCCUCUGACAACCCCGAUGAGACCGCCGAAGAGACGGAGCAAUCUGCAUUGGUAUCGGAGGCGGAAGGUCUUUCCCGCAAUACUACCGUGGAGGAUGUGCUGGGUCCACCAUCGACUAAAGAAGCGCCAUCGACCGAGACAAGAAAUCAGCGUGAAGAGAGGACAUCGACUGGAGCUGAUGAAGCUGUUGAAUCAGCAAAGAGCCCAACGAGCCCAAAGAGCGCGGUUCAGAGUGCUUUCCCAGGAUGGGAACGAGUAAAGCGACGUGCUCCACCGAAACCCGAGCCAAAAGAAUAUGUCCCAUCGAAUCGUACUCCAAGCCCACCACGAGCGGACCCUGCCUUUGGGACGGCCGGCAUGGCAGCUGUUGUUGCUGCUGCAGCUCGCGAAAGGAAAGCGCGGAAAGAGUCCGAGAAGUCUCGUGAGGGUCCGCGAGAGGAACCAUCCUGGUCAUUCGCAGCGUUGGAUGACCAGAGCAAGCAGCAGGAACCUGAAUCGCCUGUCGUCGGCAGCAGAGAGCAUCAAGCUAUCCGUGAUAGCGGAUACCAAGAAACUGCGCGCUCGGCUGAUCGUUCAAGCCGCGAGGUACCUCAAAUCCUGUCAACCAGCUCCUCGCGGGAUAGCUUGCGUGAGCGAAGGUCUCUGGAGCCACUGCACAUUCCCAUGAGCCCAGAGGACCAGUGGGAUCUCAAGGUGCCGAAGAAGCGAUCCAAGGAGAACGAGCGUUCGCGGGAGGAAGCUCGAUCGAGGACACCAAGCGCAGAGACUCCUCUGAAGCCUACGAGCAAGGACCGAGCUUCAUAUCUCUUCCAGUCACCUCCCGAAGGCCUCGCCAGCACUAAUGGAAAGUCGCCCCAACCCAUCGACGCUGCAGUGUCACAGCCACCUACCGACAACAGCGAGUACUUCAGGACACGGUCAAGAUCCAGAGAGUCGCCCGAGCAUCCUUCCUCAAACACCGAGACUACUCGUGAUCGCUCUGCCUUUUCACCUUCCAGUGGCCCGCUCAGUCCAAGACAAGCACUAGAUCCUAUACCAGAAGAGCACAAUGUCGGAAAGAGGAGCCAUGCAGUUUCUGACGUGGGUGGACCAGACCACAUCAAGGCCAUCAAGCGUGCGGAGACGCCUCAAGACAUUCGAAUUCGGGAACAAGCAAUCUCGCCAUCGAUGCGACCGCAUGUGACCAUCCCAUCAGGGAGCAUGAGAUCUACUAGCAACCCGCUUUCGACGGAUGAGCUGAUCAAUCGACUCUCCUGGCCUUCUGUCGACGAGAACGACGAAACUAUCAACCUCAAUCGAUCGUUGGGCCACCGCCACUCGAAGCCUGCCCUGCCCGACCCACGCUCUCCAAGUGCCAUGAGCAAUCGAUCCAAUGCCAGCGGUGCACACUUCAAAUCGCCCCAAGAACUGCGGUCGUACAGCCGCAACAGCAAUUUCAGCCAGGCCAGCUCAUCGCACUCGCUCCGACGAGUCAGUCUGUCAGGUGACCUGAGAGCCGCUAGUCGGCGGGGCGACGCGGGAUCGUCCGUGAGCGGCGCUCGGGCGUCGCCCAUAACAAUUCCCUUCGAGCCACCACCAACACCACCGCUCAACGAUGACGAGAUAAUGGAUGGAAGCGCUUCGCGCGCCGCAGACAUGAACGAUGAUGUUUUUCAGGGCUAUGGCGACGCCCAAGGGUCGCAAGUCUCGCCAACGCGACCGCCAAGCGUGCGCAAACGCCAGAGCAUGCACAUCAACGACUUGGAGUCUAGAAUAGACCAACUCGCUGCUGAAAAUCGUGCGCUGCAAGAGGCUCGCUCUUACGCCGAGCAGACAAACGAUGCAGCGCGCGAUGUCAAUGGCCAAGCAUUGCAAGAAGCGGUGAUGCAGCGCGACCUGCAAAUUCAAGAAAAAGAUGCCGAGAUCAACAAGAUCAAGGCCAUGCUCCAACCGUUACAAGAAGAAAUCGCGCGACUGUCCGAGAUCAAUGGUGGCCUCACCGAAGCUAACAGAAACCUGGUCGACGACACCAAUGGACGAUAUGCAACCCUACAACGCGAGCAUCACGAGGCGCACGAGAAGUGGCAAUCCACCAGCAGAGAGCUCGACACGAUGCGAUCAGAGCACGGACGAAUCACAUCCGGCAUGAAAGACAUUGUCGAGGCCGAAAUCGCCAGUGCACUGGCCGACAAGAACGCAGAGAUUCUGCGAUUGCGAGAACAACUCGACAUCGCUGCAGAGCAGAUCCGUGCUUUGCAAGUGCAGAUUCAGUCUUCGAAGACCAGCGAUUUCCUCAUCCAGCGCGACGAAGACUACUUCGAUGGUUCAUGCCAGAAGCUCUGUCAACAUGUCCAGCAAUGGGUGCUACGCUUCUCGAAAUUGUCUGACAACAGAGUCUGCCGACUGUCCACGGAGCUGAACGACGAUAAGAUCGAAGCUCGCUUAGACAAUGCAGUCCUGGAUGGAUCCGAUGUCGACAAGCUACUUGGCGAUCGUGUACGCCGCCGCGACAUCUUCAUGUCUGUCGUCAUGACCAUGGUGUGGGAAUAUGUCUUCACACGCUACCUUUUCGGCAUGGAUCGAGAACAGCGGCAAAAGCUCAAGGCACUCGAGAAGCUUUUGGCAGAGGUUGGACCGCCUCGUGCUGUUGCGCAUUGGCGUGCAACGACAUUGACGCUACUGUCGAAGCGACCAUCAUUCGAGUCGCAGUGCGCGCUGGAUACCGAGGCUGUCGCGCACGAGGUGUUCGGCAUCCUCUGCAAGCUGUUGCCGCCGCCGUCUCAGUCUGAGCAGCAGCUACUUGCAUCUUUGACCAAGGUCAUUCGAAUCGCCGUAGACUUGUCCGUCGAGAUGCGAACACAACGAGCGGAGUACAUUAUGCUGCCGCCACUCCAGCCAGAGUACGACAUCAACGGUGAUCUUGUGCGAAAGGUCCACUUCAACGCCUCGCUCAUGAAUGAGCGAUCAGGCUUCUUCAGUUCGAAUGAGGAGCUUGCUGCCGAACAAGCGGUGGUGAAGAUUGUACUGUUCCCUCUUGUUGUGAAGAAGGGAGACGAGGUUGGAGAAGGAGAGGAAGAGAUCGUCGUCUGUCCAGCGCAAGUGCUUGUACACAGCGACUCGGGACGAGGGAAGAAAGUCGUCCGUGUGAUGAGUGGAGCGAUGGAGAUUGACGACCCCAUUCGAAGCAGGCAGAGCAGGCACAGCUUGGUGAGUGAAGCACCAGGCAGCGUGCAAUUCUAG